AUGCCCCGCUGGGGCCCGCAGCCGGAAGAUCCCAUGCCUGCCAAGCGCCGCCGCCUCCAGGAGCCUGCCUGCUGGUUGCUGGCACAGCCAGACCUGGAAGCCUUCUCCAGGCCUGCCAGCGAGCAGCUCACCUCCAUGGUGGUCAUUCCCACUGGCUGUGCCAUGAAACUACAGCUGGAAGGCGUCGACCUGUUGCUGGAGCCGGAACCGACCUCAGUCAUGCAAGUGUCCCUACCUGGACACACCAUUAUACUAGUCCCCGAGGGCCUCCAAGCCUCCUUCCAACCUGGACAGCCUGUGUUCUGGCCCGCUAGCAUGCAGGAAGACGCUGUCCUGAACAUGCCCCAGGACCAUGACGUCUUUGCCUUCCACCAGGGAUUCAAUAGUCCAUCUCUAUCGUACAACCAAAGUUUUGCACAGGAAGACUCUCAAGAAAACUUCGUGAUUUCGUGGAUGAAUGCUCCAACUCGCAUGGCCCCAGAAAUCCUUUCCCCCUUCACGGGCGUGUUCAGCCCCCUGUUUCAGGGUCAAAUGCCAUGUCCUUGGAGUGCAAGCUGCCCACCUAGUGCAGGAAGAUAUGCUCCCUGGUCUCUCUGGAGCCUCAAAGGCAGCAUGCUGUGCCCUCUGCCUAGCUCGCCACUGCAGCCUCUCCCUCCAUCUCCUCCUCCAAGUCACCAAAAACAGGCCUCUCAGAGUCGGCAGAAGCCUCCACGACCUAGGUGCAAGGCCCAGAGGCGCCUCUUCUAGGAAAGGAACGGCUUCUGCCUCAACAAAUGGCACCUUGAUUCCCAGGGUGCCUCAGGGUACCCAGUAACCUACCACUGAGGCUGUAUGCACGCACACAAGCGCUUUUCUCCUUUUCACUGCACACCAUGCAUGGGAGAAGACAAAGACUUCGAGAAGGGUGCUGA